UCAAGUAAAUAUUCAAUUUUCAGAUUCUUCUGUAUUGCUUAGCUCUAUUUGCUUUGAGUGAAUCUGAAGAGGACGUCAAUAACAGAAAAAGAAGAGGUUAUUUCAGAUCGACCUACCCCAAAGAAUCACAUCAGUUACAAAUUGCCGGAAUUAGCGUAGAAAAUUUUGGAAAGUCUAAUGGAAUUUCUCUGAAUGGUGCGGAGUUAUUCAGAGAGGCAAAUGGAAAUCUCAUGCCUGUUCCUGAGUACUCCAAGUCAGAAGCGACUGGUCAAUAUUCCCAUAUCCAAGAACUGAAUCAGAUUCCACAAAUUGCUUAUGCAAGUUCGAAUGCUGUCGAUAAACCAGUUCAAGAGUCUCAAGAUUUUAUACCACCCCAGGCAACAGGUACUGUUAUUAUCCCGAGGAGGCCACCCCCUGCCAUACCCGUUGAUACUGUUGGGUUGAAUGUUCCUGGAAAGGGUGGAGCAGUAUUUCUAGGUUCAGGAUCUUUAGGAGUCCUCGACUUAGGAGGAGGUGCGUAUGCCCUUGGCUCAGGAUCGAUUGGUUACUCCGACAGAAGAUCAAAUCCAAGAUCUUCUUUCAAAGCACCUUUAUUACCACCAGUUCGAGCAACUCCAAAUUUGAUUCCAGCUGCUGUGAAUUCCCCACUGCCGCCCCAACAGACACCAAUUUUUGAAUAUCAAUUUCCAGUGACAGGUCAGUUGCCAACAGAUCAGAAUGGCUACGAAUAUCUUCCUCCCAAUCGAGUAGGUUUUGGUGAUCCUCUUCCAAUGAGACCACUGAAGACAAGGAACGCAUAUGCAACACCAUCGCCUCUACAGUUACCACCUCAGGAACCAGUUUAUUCUUCUUUUGAUCCUUCCCAAUUGAUGCAGCAACCUCAACCUGUUCAGCCUGAAUUUAUCCAAACGACGCACAUCCUCCAAACUACUGAGUCUGUUACUCCAAAAGACGCAAAUCGAGCAGAUAUCUAUGGGCAGGAUAUCAUAGAUUUAUAUUCUUCAUCUUAUCUGAAAUGAAAGUGUCUUACAUUAGGUAAAAACGGAAUGAGUCAGAAAACAUCAUGAUUUUGCAGUUGAUGAUUGUUACAUUUAACAUCUUCUGAAUAUUUUGAUCGUGUCAAAAUUUAUUGGUUUCAUCAAACGUCAAGGAUCAGAUGAGCAGAAAAUGUAUAAAGAUUCCAGUGGUUAAAUUAAGAAUAAAGUUAUAGUGAUCAUCACUGGAAAAACAUGUUCAUAAGUGAUUUCAUUUCAAUGAAUAUCUGUUGAUUGUUUAUUGAAUAUUUGUAUGAGUUCAUGAAUACAUUAUUGAAAAUAUACGUCUUAUCGACUUUUCAUUUUGAUUUGGGGUCCAGUCGCAUCAGAUUCGUAUAGAAAUGUUUUGAAAAUUAUUUUAAAUUGUGUAUCAAUGCAAAAUAGUAUGUUCGAUGUCGUUUUCAUGUGAGUGCUUAGUUAUUAUUUAUUGUCGAUAUCAGAGUAGUAGAAUGUGUAUUCUACAAAAUUGUUGAAUACUUUGUCAUUAAAAUUUAUAAUUCAUAUUGAAAA